UGGAACAAUGCUACUGUGCUUCUUUGUUUUGUGGCUGCACUUAGCAGCCACCAGCACCACUGCACCAGCCAACCUCACCACAGCACCGCUGACAGUUACUGAUGGCCCCACAGCAACCAUACAAGUCACCAACAGCACCAUGGCACCAAAUGAGCUCACCUUCACCACCCAGACGCCUCCGGCCAUCACCACCAACACCACCGCACCAGGAACAUCUAACGUCACUGUGUCACCACCAGCAGUCACCAGCAAUGCUGCCACAUCCGCCACGACCAACACCAACCCCUCCUGGGCAGGAGACAGUGCCACCCCCAUAUCGGCAGCGGGAACGGAUUCCACUGCACCAGCCUCUGGUACCGCUGCAUCAGCCAACCACACCAUGGCAACCAACGGCCCCAUGGCAACCAUACAAGUCACCACCAGUUCCACGAUACCGGAUGAGGUCACCAACAGCAGCAAGAUGCCUCCAGCCAUCACCACCAACACCACCGUGCCAGGAGUGUCCAAUAGCACCACGGCACCACCAACAGCCACUGCCACCAGCACCACUGCACCAGCCAACCUCACCACAGCACCGCUGACAGUUACUGAUGGCCCCACAGCAACCAUACAAGUCACCAACAGCUCCAUAGCACCAAAUGAGGUCACCUUCACCACCCAGACAGAGCCGGCUAUCACCACCAACACCACCGCACCAGGAAUGUCUAACGUCACCAUGUCGUCACCAGCAGUGACCAGCAACGCUGCCAGAUCCGCCCCGACCAACACCAACCCCUCCUGGGCAGGAGACAGUGCCACCACCGUAUCGGCAGCAGGAACGGGCUCCACUACACCAGCCUCUGGUACCGCUGCAUCAGCCAACCACACCAUGGCAACCAACGGCCCCAUGGCAACCAUACAAGUCACCACCAGUUCCACGAUACCGGAUGAGGUCACCAACAGCAGCAAGAUGCCUCCAGCCAUCACCACCAACACCACCGUGCCAGGAGUGUCCAAUAGCACCACGGCACCACCAACAGUCACUGGUACAGCCUCCGCCACGCAAGAGCCAGGAAAGCAACCGCUGGAAUUCUGGGGCAUUAUCCUGAUCUCGCUCGCGGUGGCUGCUGUCACUAUUAUAGGCUGCACGGGAUGUUUCUUCUUUUUCAGGAGACGUCUCCUCUAAGCCCAGCUGUCCACAGUCCGUCUGCCCCAUUCCGACCUCCAUCCAGCGUCUCCCCCCACCUCCAUUCGAGACAGCCUCGAAAGAAGGAACGCGGUGAAGUAACAGCCUUCCCCUAUAUGGGGAGAGGACAUCUCCUAAGGGGUUCGCCCCCCAGCUGCAUGACCAUCCAGGGCCGACCAGAUGUGGCCUCCGGGGUGCAGACCCCUGAUCUUUAUUUUAAGCCAAAGGAAAUCCAUAACCACAGGCACAAAUCCAGAUCAUCCCGGAGCUGGGGAUGGAACCCAGAAGUCUUGACUUCCAGCUCCCUCCCCAUCUUGCUCUAACCCCUAAGGCUCCACUCACUCCCCUUCCACAGACAGGGAUAGAACCCAGGUGUCCUGACUCCCAGCCCCACCCCCUCUAACCAUUAGAUCCCACUCUCCUCCCAGAGCCCCAAGGAGAGAACCCAGGAUCCCAAUAGGAAUGAAAGCCAGAGUAUGUGGGCGCCCAGCUGCCCCCAGGAUACCCUCUGGGCCCCACCUUGUGGAGAAUCUCCUUCAGCUAGCGCCCCCUGCAGUGGGACUGGGAUCCCACGGGUCCCGCAGGACCCACUCCUAUAAUAGCGAUCGCAAGUAAAAUGUACUUUGUGGUGGGCGGGGCUGGGUGGGGGGAAAAAAAAAACCCGGCCAGACUGCGGUAAUUUGCGGGGAAACACUCAAUCUCUCGUCAGUUUACCAAGAGGAGCUAAGGCCUAUCCGGAUGUUACAGCAGAACAAUAAAAGUGGCCUAAAAUGAAUAGAUACCAACAAUUAUUUAAUUAAUAGAGGCCAGCAAUUGUCUGAAUUCUGGGUGUAGAUAGACAUG